AUGUCCCUAGUGUCAAGAGGACUUCGAUCAGGUGCUUUAGAUAAUCCCCGAGCAGCACAAGAAAUUUUAAGAUUGAUGGGCCAUGAUAUGUCAAUUAAUGGCAUCCGCAAGUCAUUGAGACGAAAUGGACUUAAAUCUCGUAGAAAAGUAAAGACCAAUUUUGUUAGCAAGACAAACAAGCGGCUUCGAUUGGCGUGGGCUAAAAAGCAUAGGCAUCUUACUAUUGCUGAUUGGCGUUCGGAGGAGCCUGGUUAUGGUACUACCAUUAUCGAAGGCUCAAUAAACUCGGACUUGUAUGUCGAUAUUUUCAAGACAUCAUUGGACGACACUCUUGCGCACUUUGGGAAGACACCAUCUGAUGUGCGAUUUCAACAAAACAGAGCAACACCGCAUACAUCGGGCAUUACUAAACAAUGGUUCACCGAAAAUGGGUUUAACCUAGACGAAAUCAUGGAUUGGCCACCCCAAAGUCCCGAUCUUAAUCCCAUUGAACAUGUCUGGCAUCUCCUAAAGCUUCGUCUUAAUAAGUAUCCUACUAGGCCCUCUACAAAAGAAGAAUUAGAGCGGCGUAUUAACAUUCAGUGGUACAAAAUAACAAAAAAAGAGUGCCAGAAAUAUAUUGAUAGUAUGCCUGCCCGAAUCAAGGCUGUCACCAAGAGCAAAGGUGGUUCAACUCACUAUUAA